AUGUCGCAGGAGCUUCUGGCAUCUCAUAGAGAGAGGAUUUUCUUGCCACUGGGAAAAGCCUCUGGUCGGCAUGUUAGUAAAGGUGCGAAAAUGCGCCAGACAGACGGUGAUUACGGCCACCAAGACAAAAUGCCCUCUCUAUCACGAGCAUCUGUACCAUCGCAGUGCCAUGAGAUCCAUAUCUGCAUCUAUAUGACGUGCAGCAUGCUUCCCUCUGUAUUUUUUAACCUUUCCGAGAUUCCUCGAAUGCCACCAGUAUAUCACCAAUCGACUCGAGUUCUCGAUAGAAACAAGGUUCUCUCGGAGAAGCGCGUCGGGGCUUCGCGACCAAAUGAGCGAAUUGAUGGAGAAUGGAGCCGUUCAGAUGAUCGGAGAUCGGAUUUGAUGAACUUGCCCUUCAAUUCCAGUAUUAAUAAUAAAUCAAUAAUAAUUUUAAUAACUAGUCCAAGGAGAACCGGGAUCCCAAUGCCGAUUCCUACUCCACAUCUGCAUGACUCGCAUGCUGCCGUCGUACAAACUCCUGCACGUGGGAGGAACCGAGAUUUCACUUCGGCGGGCCCGAUGCCCUCGGAUUCGUCCGAGAGCAGUUCACGGUGCAAGCCAGGCGGGUACCUAAUGUCAGAGAUGGGGCUGCAAAGAUCCAACCAGACCGGCUGA